AGCGCCACACCGGGAAAAAUAAGAAAUUCUGAACAAUGGGACGCGGUACGGGCGAAAUCAACGAAGUUCUGCAAUUCGAAGAGAGUUUUAUUCUUAGCGAAGAGCAUCGUCCCAAGCGUUUCUCCGGUCCCCCUGAAAUUAUUCUCAGAAUCCCCGUCAUAGACAUGGAAAAAAGCUCUGCAGAGGAUGUGGAAAAGGCGUGCAGAGACUGGGGUUUCUUCCACCUCGUCAACCACGGCUUUCCAGAUCAUCUUCUGCAGCGCCUCAAAUCCGCCACAGCAGAUUUCUUCUCGUUGGCUCUCGAAGAAAAGAGACGAGUAUACAGGGAUGAUGAAAACUUCUUGGGCUACUUUAAUACUGAGUUCACAAAAAAUGCGAGGGAUUGGAAAGAAGUGUUCGACUUUGUGCCGCGGGAGGGAAUCCUGUUGCCCACAUCUGAUGAUCUGCAUGACAAAGCUAUCUACACCCUCCAAAACCGCUGGCCAGAAGGCUAUCAGGAUUUCAGACAAACUUGCGUGGCCUAUGCCGAGGCUGCGAGGGAGUUAUCUUUGAGGGUACUAGAAUUGAUAGCUCGGAGCCUUGGCUUAUCUGAUACUCGCCUGAAUGAAUAUUUCAAAGAUGAUCUGAGUAUUGCACGGCUUAUUAGUUACCCGGAAUGCCCGAACCCUGAGCUUGCACUGGGUGUGGGUAGACACACGGAUUUUGGAGCACUCACCCUUCUUUACCAAGAUGAGGUGGGAGGAUUAGAGGUGAAUUGCAGGGAAAAUGGGCAGUGGGUGCCUGCUGCACCCAUGCCCAAUUCUUUUGUAGUCAAUGUUGGGGACUGCAUUCAGGUGUGGAGUAAUGAUAGGUACGAGAGCAUAGAGCAUAGAGUUGUGGUGAACGAUAGCCGAAGACGCAUGUCUAUUCCAUUUUUCUUGAUUCCUUCCCACGAUGCGAUGAUGAAGCCUCUGGAGGAAUUGGUGAGUGAAGAGAAUCCUCCCAAAUAUAGGGAAUACAAUUGGGGAAAGUUUCUUAAGCCAAAACUGGAUAACGAUAUUAAAAGCUUGGGACUUGAGUAUGAACAAAUCAAACUCUAUAGGAUCUGAUUAGUGUGAGAUUUGUGAUGUGAUUAUUUAGUAUAGCAUAAUAAGCAAUCUGGCGUACAGGAAGAUUGCAUUUAGAGAUCAUUUUAUUUUUGUAUAUAGUCACACUAGUCGGUUAUCCGUUGUAGAGUUUAUAAUUGUGAAGUCCUCUUGAAGGUUUGAAUUGCUAAAAUGUCUUUGAUAAUUUGAAUUGCCUUACAAAAGGGGCUCGAAAUACUCUGUAAGUAGGAGGCAUGAGAGAGGCAGGAGUAUUACCUUUGUGUGCCUUUAAUUUUAUGUUUGAGUCUUGACAGUUCAUUUUAUUAUAUAAGAAUUUAUUU